AUGAUUGAAAUUGAUUUUAACUUGUUGCUGUCGUUUUUUUGGUUAUGCAUAUCAGCUGGUGUAUUAGUACCAGGCAUAUGGUUAUUGAUUGAUGGUAGAACAAAUCUAGCAAUACUUAAUAUGAUUCUCGAACGUUUCUAUCUAUUUGGAAAAUUAAAAAAUGACAAUGCAGAUAAAAAAAAAAUUUUCAGUGAUGUACCAAAAUCGUAUUUUAUUCAUUUCUAUAUCAUCGGUCUGGUGAUAAAUAUACCUUUAUUACUUUGGUAUCGUUCAUGCUUAUUUUUAUUGAUAAUGUUUAUUUGUCAUAUGUUUCGACGUUUAUAUGAAUGUAAAUUUAUUCAUAAAUUUGGUCAAAAUUCAACCAUGAGUUUUAUUCAUUAUUUGGCUGGAUUAAUUCAUUAUCCAUGUUUUGGUUUAACAAUUAUUGUUGACGAUAAAUAUGGAUAUAAAAAUAUUUCUACAGUAAAUUAUUCUUUCUCAUUCUUAUUAUUUAUCUACGCAAGUUAUAUUCAAUAUAAUGUUCAUUUAACACUAGCAAAAAACCAUCGAAACAAAAAUGAAAAUUACCCAAUACCAACCGGUUAUUGGCCAUUUGAAUAUUUUUCUUGUCCAAAUUACAUAGCCGAAAUGUUUAUAUACGUUGCAUUUUUACUGAUCAGUCAUCGAACAUCAUGUUUUAUGUCAUUAACAAUUUGGGUUAUCGUCAAUCAAUGUCUAUCGGCUUUGUUAAGUCAUCGUUGGUAUUGUCAACACUAUGGUCAAAUGUAUCCGACGAAAAGACGUGCGCUAAUACCUUGUAUUCUGUAG